AUGGAGCAGCCUACCAACACUACCGACACCAAGGGCAUGAAGCAGAUCGUCCCUGAGGUCACCUGGGCCCAGCGUUCGUCCACCACCGAGCCCGAAAAGAACCACAUCUACAUGACCAUUGUUGUGCCCGAUGUCGACCCCAAGAACAUGAAGCUCGACCUGCAACCCUCAUCGCUCGAAUUCACCGGCUACUCAGACAGCAAGAAGGCCACCUACCACGUCAAGAUGGACCUGUUCGCCGAGAUUGACCCCAAGGAGAGCAAGAUCAACCACUCCUCGCGCUGGAUCGAGCUGGUCUUGAGAAAGAAGGAGCUCAACGAGGAGUACUGGCCCCGUCUGCUCAAGGACAAGCAAAAGGUCCACUACAUCAAGACCAACUUUGACAAGGACGAGCAGGAUGCCGUUGCCGAGGAUGACGACUACAUGUCCCGCAUGGGCGGCAUGGGUGGUGCUGGUGCUGGCGGCAUGGGCAUGGAGGGUAUGGGCGGUGACGGUGGCUUCGGAGGCAUUGACUUCUCCAAGCUUGGUGGCGGCGCUGGCGGUGCCGGUGGCAUGCCUGACCUCAGCGCUCUUCAAGGUAUGAUGGGCGGCAUGGGAGGCAUGGGAGGUAUGGGAGGUAUGGGCGGCGAGGAGGGUGACGAUGAUGACGACGACGACAUGCCCGAGCUUGAGGAGACUGAGGAGGCCAACGCUGGUGCUUCCAAGUCGAAGAUCGAGGAGGUCGAGUAA